AUGGCACCUUCGAACGAGAAAUUACUCACCGAAUUCAAUGUGGAUGGCAAAGCUGGAGAGCAACCUUCGGUGUCCCCCAUUGCUAGACGAGCCGAAAAACCUACUCACCUACUUUUGGCUGCACAUAGCGUCCGCAUAGGAUACAUACCUCUACACACGCACACAUACACGCAUACAGAGAGCUAUUUGCACAGUAAAGAAAACAUGGAUAUAACAGCUCAAAUGCAAGAAUUGACAAAAGAGAUAAAGGAGAUGCGCGCCGAUAUACAACAAAUCAAAGGUUUUAUGGACCGGCAGAACGAAAUAAUAGACGAUCUAAUGAAAGGCCACCAAGAAAUGAUGAAACGUAUGGUAAAGCAAGAGCAGGAAGCUGAAGAAGAAAAGAAUAUACAAAGACCAGUAUUUCCACUAUUGACGCAAGAAGAUUUAGACAAUGCCGAGGCUUUUAUUGGAAUGGAUGAAAGAAAGAAAGAUGAAAUGACACGAUUUCUUAAACCUCUUUUGAUGCCUGUGGGUCUCAAACAAAGACUAGUCUAUGUAUUAUCUGAGGAUAUUAUUUUGAACUACAAUCUCGAAGGUACACAUGGCAAAAAACGCAUGUUGCAGUAUCCAAAACUGUUGAGUGUUCUAUAUAGUGCAACUGACCGCCCCGGCUGGUCUUACAAAUUAUUCUUAGAUGACUUGCGUCGAGGUUUUCAAUUUGGCAAGAAAAAACAUUUUAGACAAAAAUGUCGAACGAACAAAUUAACCAAACCUUCAAGGAAUCCAUUGUCAAGUGGCCAAGAAGACGAUGAUGAUGAUUCUGAUUACUAAUUACCAGUGACAUUACCCAAAAACCAAUGUACAUUUAAGCAUAAUAUUAAGUUUGUACUUAAGUAAGAAACGAUUAUUAAAACGUUUAAUAAAGACUAAAGAAUAGAAAUUUUAAACAUAAAAUAAUACAAA